UGGUAUUAUUCUUCAGUUUUCGAUUUUGAAACUUGGUCACACUAUCGUACCUGAAAUUGUGCAAUAGAGGUCUUUAAUGGUCCUUUUGACCAGAUUUAUCAAUUAAACCAGAAAAAUGAGCGGUCGAGGAGUUACUAGCAUAUUAACGAUAGGAGCCACCGCCCUUGGCGCCUUCUACCUGGGCUCCCACUUGGAGCGUCAGCGGCGUAUCGAUGGACCCUCCGACGGACACCCCCGUCUACCGGGACUUCCUACUUUUGGGACAGUUUCGGCGGCCAGUUUGAUUCCUGCCCAGGAAAGCAACAUAAGUCUAGCAGCAACACCAUCAAGGAUUGGACAAAUCAUGAAGUACGGAUUCCCGGGAUUGGAUAACGUUCGCUCCCACUCCGACUACGUGCUCUCCUACGACCGCCGGAAUCGAGUGCCACACUGGGUGUUUGAGCACCUGACACCGGACUCUGUGGCCAAAAACGAUGCUGUUGACCGGGCCAAGUGCGACUUCAAGCAGGAUGAGAGCAUUCAUCCGUACUUCAGGUCUCAGAACACGGAUUACAGGAGGUCUGGAUAUGAUCGCGGUCACAUGGCCGCUGCUGGGAACCACCGGUUGCAUCAGAAGCAUUGCGAGGAGACCUUCUACCUAUCCAAUAUGGCACCCCAAGUGGGCCAGGGUUUCAAUCGCGACGCGUGGAACACCCUGGAAAUGCAUGUGCGAAAACUUACCAAAAUCUAUCCGAAUGUAUAUGUCUGCACGGGCCCCUUGUACCUGCCCCACAAGGAAGGCGAUGGCAAGACUUAUGUUAAGUACGAGGUUAUAGGAGCGAACACGGUGGCAGUUCCAACCCACUUCUACAAGGUUGUUGUGAGCGAAGCCGCUGACCAAAAGCUCCACAUGGAAGCCUAUGUUAUGCCCAAUCAGGUGAUCAGCAACGACACGCCAAUAAGUGUAUUCCAAGUGCCCCCAGAAACUGUGGAACGAGCGGCUGGACUACUUUUCUUCGACCAAAUGAACAGAAAACAACUGGCCACCGUCAAUGGCAAGAAAGUCUAGAAUUUGUUAACUUUGUUUUUUGAAAUGUAAAUAAUAGUUUUGAUAAUUUGAAGGGAAAACAUUCUCCCCAAAGAAAAUAACCAACUUAGUUUUGGUUUUAGUUUAUUUGACCAGGGAGAGUCCCUUGUUUUAAUGUAAUUUGUUUCUUUUCCAAGGAACUUGUGAACGUUAAUAAACGUAAUCAAUUAAUACAGAUA